CCUCCCAGGCGACUACGGCUUCGAUCCCCUUGGGCUUGGCAAGGACCCUGCACUCCUCAAGUGGUACAGAGAGGCGGAGAUCAUCCACGGGCGAUGGGCCAUGACAGCCGUUCUCGGGAUUUUGAUCGGACAGGCCGUUAGCGGCAUCCCGUGGUACCUGGCUGGAGCUGAGCCUUCGGCCGUCGCCCCCUUCUCUUUCGGCUCUCUUCUGGGAACCCAGCUCCUGCUCAUGGGGUGGGUAGAAGGCAAGAGAUGGGCUGACUUCGUCAAUCCUGGCAGCCAGUCUGUGUGGUGGGCCACUCCUUGGUCGAGGACUGCUGAGAACUUCGUCAACACCACCGGUCAACAGGGCUACCCUGGCGGUCAAUUCUUUGACCCACUGCGCUUCGUAGGGAGUGUUUCGGGAGGAAAGUACGUGGUGGACUUCGACAAACUGCCACGCCUCCAGACGGCUGAAAUCAAGCACGCACGCUUGGCCAUGGUUGCUAUGUUGAUUUUCUACUUCGAAGCGGGUCAAGGCCUUACCCCCCUUCAAGCAAUCGGCUUUUAGAAAGGAAGGAAUGACUCUUGUUUUUCGGAUCCACUUAUGCCCCUGUCUCUUAUACACAUCUAGAUGUGUAUAAGAGACAGGAGAGAGAGAGAGAGAGAGAGAGAGAGAGAGAGAGAGAGAGGGGUUGAAUGACAAAUUGGAAUAUGGAUCAGAUUGUGGCCACCAUUUAUUUCGCAGUCAAAAUAAAUUUUAAAUUUAUUGAAUGUUUUUUUUUUUUUUUUCUGGAAAUACCACAACAAAAUCUACGAGCACUU